UACAGCUAACAUAUUAAUCUGGAUCAAUGAUGAAGUUGAAGUUGUAUAGAAAAACAUCUUUAUUUGGUUCUCUUUAGGUUCUCCUCUCUUCCUGGAACACCAUCACAUGAGUUCUCCAGAUGAAUUUACACCUGAAAUCCACGAUCAGGACAACAGGAGAGAAUACCAGUUCCAGUGCCCCAGUGCAGGUAUGUUCCAGUGCAGUAUAACAGGCCUGGUGUUUAGGAUGGAGGGAGAGGGAGGGGUGCUCUAUAGGACAGUCCCCUGGGACAGGAGGCUUCUAGCCCAGAGAGGCAAGAGACCUGCAGGACCCCUAUUCAAGUUUACAUGCCUUAAGGGGUCUGUCUGUCAACUACACCUCCCACACUGAGAUUCAUUCUGAGGGUGGAUGUGACUUCCUGUCUGUAGCCCAUGUGACUGAUGAUGACAGUAUGGAGUUUCUCCAUCCCCAUGAGACAACAGAAACUCAUGUCAUAUUAAACAUCAAUGGAUUCAGCAAAUAUGGCAUCACCAAGGAUAAGGAAGCUCCUGUCUCUCCUAUCCGUGGUCUGGUGCUACUAUUUUACCAACUCCCAGAUGAUACAAAUAAUUCCACCCUAAAUGUGUUGUUGCUGCCUAGGAAUGUUGACAUUGAUGAGGUGUGUAAGACAAGGAGGAGAAGGAAUGGAGACAGAGAAAUCUACAUUGAAAGAAAUCCCAACUGUAGACUAACCCCGGACCAAGAAUACACCCUCUCCACCGAUCUUACAGAUGAACAUCACAUAGAUCCAGAGGAUGCAGAGUUUGUGGAUUAUGAUUCCUAUACAAACUACAUGCCAACAUUUCAGUUGGAUUUACAAACUGUUAUUAAAAAAGUGAAUCUUCUUCUGAAAGAACAUGACGGUCCUGAAAAUGAACGUGUAUGGAACCGCCUUGUUUCACUACCAGCCUCACCAACAGAAGUGAAGUCUACAGUUACACCACAUGGUGGCGCUACAGCAGGGACAACAACACAUGUUUCUUAUCUGCUGCUGGGCACUCUGGCAGAGCUGGUUUCAGAACAGCUGGAGACAUUCCAGUGGCACCUGAGUCAGGGAGUGGAGGAUUUUCCUUCAAUCCCAAAGAGCCAGUUGGAGAACGCUACCAAAGAGGCCACAGUGGAUAUGAUGGUGCAGCGAUACCUUGACGACGGCACUGUGAAGAUCACACUGGAGAUCCUGAGGAAGAUGGGCCAGAACAAACUGGCUAUUGAGUUAAAGGAGAAGUUGACAAAUGAAUGUCUGAAUGUGCAGCCUCAACACAACAUGAGUGAACAAUGUAUUACAUUCCCAAGGAGGGGAGAGGAAGGGGGUCACAGUUAACUUCGGGGGUUCUGUGCCAUAGUGUGAAACAUUACGAGUUUUUCAAAUGCAGAUCAUGUAAUGUUUACAAAGGACAUCAAACAUUUUCACACCACAUGAAAAGUUAAGGAUGUCUUAUCUAACAAGAAAGGCUAUCUGCAACAUUGUGAAAGUUUAACGGUCUUGAAUGAGCCCCAGGUCUCAGGCAAGGUGACAUCACUGUGAGGCUAAUGUCUACCAGACAACCUACCUGUGUUACUCUGGUGCACUGGCUGCAGACUACAAGAUCAGGGACUAUAUUCUUUAUAGUCUCCCAAUAUAAAGGAGGAAUAUUUUUAUAUAUCUGUACAUGGAAGAAUUAUCAGGAACAUUGUGAAUGUUUAAUAAUCUUAGUCAGGUCUCAGGCAAGGUGACAUCACUGAGAAUAUAAUCUAUCAACAACUUGACUGUGCUACUCUGGUGCACUGGCAGCUGACUACAAGAUCAGGGACUGUUUUAAUGUUGUGACACAAACAUUUUUAUAUCUGUACAUAGUGCAGAAGUUUAUAUAAUGGUAUUUCUAUGCUUUUUUAAAUGUAAAUGUAAUUAUUUUCUUACAUAAAAACAUUGAUCUGAUGUAU